CACCAGGCAUCAGGUCAUUUGGCUCGCCAGCAGGCAGCAGGCCACCAGGCGGAGCAGCAGGCACCGGGCCACCAGGUGGAGCAGCAGGCACCGGGCCACCAGGCGGAGCAGCAGGCACCGGGCCACCAGGCGGAGCAGCAGGCACCGGGCCACCAGGCGGAGCGACAGGCAUCGGGCAACCAGGCGGGGCGACAGGCAUCGGGCCACCAGGCGGGGCGACAGGCAUCGGGCCACCAGGCGGGGCGACAGGCAUCGGGCCACCAGGCGGGGCGACAGGCGCUGGGCCCCCAGGCGGGGCGACAGGCGUCGGGCCCCCAGGCGGGGCGACAGGCAUCGGGCUCCCAGGCGGAGCGGCGGGCGCCGGACCCCCAGGCGGAGCGACAGGUCUCGGGCCCCCAGGCGGAGCGGCAUCGGCCCCCAGGCGGAGCAGCGGGCGCCGGACCCCCAGGCGGAGCGACAGGUCUCGGGCCCCCAGGCGGAGCGGCGGGCGCC